AUGGUGCUGGCGAAAGAAGCCGACAAGAAGAUGCCUGCAUCCCAACAGGACAUUAAGGUUUCAACUAUUAUCCCCGAAAAUUCUAACAUAGCUGUGAUGAAUCUUGGUAUAAUUAUUACGUAUAACAAGUAUGAGUGCCUUAUUGGGGAUGGUGGUAAUCUGGUGGUGGAUAUCAGUCUUGCACCUUCGAAGGUCCCACCUACCUGUGGAAAAUUCAAUAGGUACUGA